AUGCUGCACCACAAUUUGAGCGUCUACGGCCCCCACCUGCCCCACCGAGUCGAUGCGAUCUGCGCUGACUUCCUCUGCAUUGCACCGCGGCUUAAGCUCUGCGCUGCUGCAGCUGUCACUGAGCAUCGCCCCCUCAGUGGCCAUGUACCUGCCUCGCAACACUCCCAUCCACCACUUGGAGCAUCUCGCUCGCUCCAUCACACCUUCUGGUCCCUGCCUGGUGCGUAA